GACGCUUCUGAGCGGGGUGAGCGGGGCAAGGACUCCAAGCAGCAGCAGAAGAAAAUGAAAAAAGAAGAGACCACGGAGACCAAGAAGAAGAAGAAGACCGCCGGAGGCAAGGACUCGGAAGAGGAGAACGCCACGUCGUCGUCGUCGACGGAGCUCGACUUUGCCAAUCUCAUCAAGCACAAGCUGGUCGACCUCCGCAACUUCUGCCGAGAAAAAGGGAUCGCUGUCCGCUCGCGAAACAAGCAGGGCUACGUCGACGCCAUCGAGGCAUGGCAGAAACAGCAGCCCAAACCAUCGGCGGCGGCCAAGCGCACAGAAGCGGCCAAGGCAGCGGCGACAGCAACGGCGGCAGCGCCACCCAGCGAAAAGCCGGCGGCGACGCAGGACAAGGGCAAGGAGAAGGUGGGAGACGCUGCGCCCACCACCAAGGCGGGUGAGGCGGAGGCCAACGGCGGCAAGCUGCCGCGACCACUCGACCGCAUCACCCGCCUUGCCCUUCUCGAAGAGGAAGGAGCGGAGGAGGACGAGGAGGAGCAGGAACGUAACAAGAGCCGAGUGUUGAACGAGGACGACGAGGAGGACGAAAACGACUACAACGAGCGAUACGACAGCGAAGCCGAGGAGGAAGACGACGACGACGAUGACAACGGUACCAUCGCCCGCCUUCUCUCCGCUUUCGUUGUUCUUCUGUCUUUCUUUCUCUUUCUCUCUCUCCUGUACACAUCCAUACGCAAACUGA